UGGGCCGCAGAUCAUGUGAUCGCAUAAUGGAGAGCAGCGCGGAAGUCACAACGUGCAAGCUCACUCAACAACAACCUCAAGGCAGACACCGACAGCAAUCCAUCGCGGGCGCAUCACAAAGGACUCCAGAGACUCGCCCCCAUUUAGACAAACUGAAAAAGUCCUGCGACAAGAUAUCUGCGUCUGUCUGUCUGUCGGCCGGUCUUUGUCUCCAUGUCUUUCGUCUGAAGAGCUCUUUUUCGCAUUCGUUUCGCAUUACCUUCGGACAUGCUGUUGGCUGUUCUUUUUUCUUGUUUCUGAUUUAGAGCUAUUACAAUAGCGCUAUUCAAUACGCACUCACUACUACGUUUAAUACAUCCACGAAAGAAAAGUCAAGAGAUGUUCUUCCUCAAAGAAGAAACCAAAGUCGUCACCCUGCACCCAUCCUUCUUCGGUCCCAACGUCAAGGAAUACCUCGUCAACCGCUUGAAUGAAGAAGAAGAAGGAAGAUGUACAGGCGACCAUUUCGUCAUCUGUGUCAUGGACAUGGUGGAUAUCGGUGAAGGACGAGUGAUCCCCGGUAGUGGACAUGCGGAAUAUACCAUCAAAUACCGCGCCAUCAUAUGGAAGCCUUUCCGGGGGGAGACAGUCGAUGCUAUCGUGACCUCGGUGAAACCAACCGGUAUCUUCACACUCGCCGGCCCUCUGUCGGUAUUCAUUGCACGGAAAAAUAUACCAUCAGAUAUCAAAUGGGAGCCUGGUACUGUGCCGCCACAGUAUACGGAUCAUGCAGAUCAGGUCAUUGAGCGGGGGACGAGUUUGCGGUUGAAGAUAUUGGGUGUGAAGCCGGAUGUGUCUGCGAUUAAUGCGAUUGGGACUAUUAAGGAGGAUUAUCUUGGAACUCUCUAAGAACUUUUAUAUUUGAGACCGGCGCAUCUCAUUACUCGGCAAGCUGUUUAUUGCCGGAUACCUGCACCUAUCGUCCUAAAGAUGGGCAACAUGACUGCUCGCGACACAUGGAAUGAUUCUGGGACUGGUGAUCGGACACUGCAAGCAGAUCAAGAGCACACCGAUGAUUAAACGCACGAGGAUGGACAUCAAAGCACUCUGUAUAGUUACAGGGCAAGACAGUUUGAAACGAACUGGCGCAGGCUUAGCUGAGAACACCACAGAAUGGGCAUAGUCACGUACAUAAAUAAAUACAUUAACAUUAACUUACAGUAUGAAUACAUUGGAGGCUGAGAGUAUCCGGGGACUGCCAGUGAUACAGGAGCAUAACGCAGGGCUAGAAUCAACGGUGUGGGCCAGGCGCUCCUCUAAUAAGACUUCCAGAAUACCCUCGGACAAUUUCUCUAGAUGGAGAACCCCAUGUCCAUUUCUAGAGAUGAAUCGUCAGAUUACUGAGUAUGUAUGUAAAUUCAUAGAAUUCAGAUCGUGCAACAUAAAAAGAAAUUCUAUAG